UAGUUUAACUAGUAACUGAAAUCUGGUCAUAACGGCGCAGCGGAAACGCGCCUGGCGCCAAAUUUCAAGUUUGGAUGGUUGAACUGAAAGCAACGCCGAAGUUCUUUUGAGGUUGUUAUCACGAAAAAUAUAACAGCGUAUAGCGGUUUUAUUUUAUUUUACGCAUACGGUGGUUUAUCGAAAUGUACAUAAAGUCUAUUGUACUAGAGGGCUUCAAGUCCUACGCCGAAAGGACGGAGAUUAACGGAUUUGAUCCGUUUUUUAACGCCAUCACCGGCCUGAACGGCAGUGGAAAGUCAAAUAUACUGGAUUCCAUCUGCUUUCUGCUGGGGAUAUCUAACCUAUCACAGGUUCGUGCCACUAAUCUCCAAGAUCUGGUGUACAAAAAUGGUCUGGCUGGGAUCACCAAAGCAACUGUGUCCAUCACCUUUGACAACUCCAACAAGAAACAGAGUCCACUUGGGUUUGAGACACAUGAUGAGAUUACCAUAACACGACAGGUGGUCAUAGGUGGACGCAACAAGUACCUUAUCAACGGCGUGAAUGCAAACAACCUGCGAGUCCAGGAUCUGUUUUGUUCAGUUGGCUUGAAUGUCAACAACCCUCACUUUCUUAUCAUGCAGGGGAGAAUCACCAAGGUCUUAAACAUGAAGCCUCCUGAGAUUCUGGCCAUGAUUGAGGAGGCGGCAGGUACCAGGAUGUACGAAUGCAAGAAGAUCAGUGCUCAGAAAACUAUUGAGAAGAAAGAUGCCAAGCUGAAAGAGAUUCAGACUAUCCUGGAUGAGGAGAUCACCCCUGCUAUGGAGAAACUGAAGGAGGAACGUGCGUCCUACCUGGAGUACCAGAAGCUCAUGCGUGAGAUCGAGCACUUGAGUCGACUGUAUGUGGCGUACCUGUUUGUGUGUGCCGAGGAGACCAAGCUGAAGUCUACUGAAGACCUGCAGGAGAUGCAGAGCUCUAUCGCACAGCUGCAGGAGAACAUGAAGCAGAACGAGGCCAAAGUGAAGGAGCUGAGCACGGAGAUACAGGAGCUGGAGCGCAGGAGGGACAAGGCUCAGAUGAAACUGAAACACGCUCAGCAGGAGCUGAAGACUAAGCAGGCUCAGGUCAAGAAGAUGGACAGUGGCUACAAAAAAGACCAGGACACAUUUGAGGCUGUGAAGAAAUGCAUAGAAAAGCUACAGGCUGAAAUGAAGAAACUCAACUAUGAAGAUGGACGAGAGGAGCGUCUGUUGGAGCAGAAGAGGCAGUGUUCACGGGACGUCAGUCAGCUCAGAGAAACCUACGAGUCCCUCAUGGGACAGUUCCCCAACCUGCGCUUCGAGUACACGGACCCAGAGAAGAAUUGGGACCCCAGUAAGGUGAAGGGUUUGGUGGCAAAUCUUUUCAGUGUGACUGAUGUGUCAAACGCUACAGCUCUGGAGGUGGUUGCUGGUGGUCGACUCUAUAACAUAGUAGUGGACAAUGAGGUUACUGGGAAAAAGCUUCUGGAAAAGGGUGAACUGAAACGCAGAUACACCAUCAUUCCUCUGAACAAAAUCUCAGCACGUACCCUUAAUGACAAUGUAGUGCGCACUGCCAAAAACUUGGUUGGGCCAGAUAACGUGCACACCGCUCUUUCGUUGGUAGGUUAUGAAUCGGAGCUGAGGAAGGCCAUGGAGUAUGUUUUUGGAACUACGCUAGUCUGUGACAGUUUGGACAAUGCUAAAAAAGUUGCCUUUGACAAAGGUGUGAGCACCAAAACUGUUACACUGGGAGGAGACGUGUUUGAUCCUCAGGGAACAUUGACCGGAGGUGCACGUGCUCAGACGGCCUCUGUCCUGUCUAAACUGGCUGAGGUGAAGGACAUUCAGGACAGUCUGAGGGCUAAAGAGGCAGAACUCACCGCGGUAGAGUCUGAGCUCAGCAGCCUCAAGGGAACAGCUGAGAAAUAUCGUCAGCUGAAGCAGCAGUUGGACCUGAAGACUGAAGAGGCUCGGAUCCUGGAGACCAAACUUCAGCAGAGCUCCUUCCACAAGCAACAAGAGGAGCUGGAGAACCUGCGCAAGACCAUCGAGGAGUGCGAGGAAACUCUGCAGAAGACAAAGGAGGUUCAUAAGAAGGCAGAAGAGAAGUACAAAGUUCUGGAGAACAAGAUGAAGAAUGCAGAGGCAGAGAGAGAGAAAGAACUGAAAGCAGCCCAGCAGAAACUCAACCAGGCCAAGAGCAAAGCAGAUGCUUACAACAAGAGACUGAAAGAGAAACAGCAGGAGGCAGAUGCAGUAACUCUGGAGUUGGAGGAGCUGAAAAGAGAACAGGCUGGAUAUGAGCAACAGAUUCAGGCUGUAGAUGAAGCUCUGAAAGCCAUACAGGAGCAGAUCGACACCAUGACCACUGAGGUUUUUGCCAAUAAGGAAGCAGUGCGUGCUGCACAGGAGCAGCUGUCCCAACAGAAGAAGGUGAUUCUGGGACAGGAGAGAGAAAUUAAAGGAAAGACCGGAGAAGCAAACCGCCUCCGAGAGCAAAAUAAUGAUGCUCAGCUCAAAAUCAAAGAGCUGGAGCACAACAUCAGCAAACACAAGAAAGACAGCGCUGAUGCCACUGCCAAGGUGGCCCGCAUGUUAGCUGAAAAUGACUGGAUCUCCUCUGAGAAGCAUCUCUUCGGCCAGCCCAACACUGCCUACGACUUUAAGACCAACAAUCCCAAAGAGGCUGGACAGAGGUUGAAGAGACUCGAGGAGACUAAAGACAAGCUGGAGAGAAAUGUCAACCGCAGGGCCAUGAACAUGCUCAGUGAGGCUGAGGAAAGGUACAAUGAUCUGAAGAAAAAAAAGAGAAUUGUUGAGAAUGAUAAAGCCAAAAUCUUGGAAACAAUUGAAGAGUUGGACCAGAAGAAGAAUGAGGCUCUCAAUGUGGCGUGGCAGAAGGUAAAAUAA